AUGCUUAAAUAUGAAAAUAUUAAUCCUUCUUGUUUGGCUAUUGAUUUUCCUUCGAAAAAAAUGUUACAAUUUUUACAUAAACAUUAUCAAUUAAAAAAUCCAAUUUUUUCAUCAAAUAAUUUUGUUCUUUAUUCAAAAUUUUUCGAUCAAGUUUUUUAUGAUACAUUAAACAUUGAAAAACAUUCUACUAUUCCAUGUGAAUUAUCAUCUAUUAUUCAAAUUUGGGAUAAAGAAGGUUUAAUUCAUAAAAGAAAGAUGAAUCCUAUUGUAAAUCAUUCUUAUCAUAAACCUAAUAAUAAUAAUAAUAAUAAUAAUAAUAAUAAUAAUAAUAAUAAUAAUAAUAAUAAUAAUCACUAUGGCAACACAAUAGCCAUGGCUGAACAAGCAAAGUUAAAUGAUCAAACUCAUAUUCAUAAUAAAACAUUAACUAAUCAACAAGUGAAUGAAUUACAUAGAACUAUCAAUGAUCAAAUACCUAUACCUAUGAUAGAUAUGAAGUUAUGUAAUAAUAAUAAUAAUAAUAAUACAUUAACAAGUGUUUAUGAUGUAUCUAAAAUAGAUGAUGGAAAUGUUAAAUUAAAACAGGAUCUUAAUAAGGUAAAACCUAUGGAUCAGCAUCAUAAUGGAGUGAAGACAUUUGAACUAUUACAUAAUGUAUAUGAUAAUGUUAAUAGAUCUACAACACAAAAAAAAUCGACUAGUUCCAUUAUGACCACCAAUUCAGAAAUGUUUAAUUAUCGUUCAUUCGAAUUAAAAAAUCGUUCUAAACAAACUUACUCUUAUAUAAAUGCUGUACGUAAUCAUAAUUGUCAUACAAGAUUGUGGUAA